AUGGAUGAUGACGCCUCCGUUCUGGAGUUACUCCGGAAAAAGGAAGAAUUGCUAAGGUUACUACAAGAGGCUGGAGAUGAUGAUGAUGAGGAGGAGGAGGACGAAGAAGAGGAUGAAUAUGAAUACCGCGAGUCUAGUAGUGACGACGAAGACGAUGAAGUGGGAGACGAAGAUGACGAUGAUUAUGAUGUUGAAGGAGAAGAUGAUAAAACACGUGGUGAAUCUCCUUCUCCAAAAAGGCCUCGAUUGGACGAAGCCGUGGAGAACGGUUGUCCUGCUACUACAUCCUUGGCAGAAAGAGAAUAUCGCAGCCGUCACUACACUCGUUUCUUAGGUGAUCAAUGGAAAAGUGUAAACGGAAUGGCAUGUCCAGUUUCACAGGCUUCAGUUUCAGUUGGUGAAGGGUCAGAAUCAUGCUCACAGAAAGCUCUCGAAGAAGACCAGGACUUGGAAUACGAAGAUGAUUUGUAUGAUGAUGGCGUUGAUGUUCACGACAUCCUGGAAGAAGCCGUCGACAAGAUUAAGAAAGAAGCAGAAGAAUCUGAACCUAUACCGAUUAUAUGGAAAUACGUGCCCGAACGCCUUGAACAUGAUCAUUUUAUGAAUCUCCCAGAAGGAUGGGCUCGUAUAACGCAUAACAGUGGGAUGCCUGUGUAUCUGCAUCGAAAGACACGUGUGAUAUCGUUGGCGAAGCCUUACUUCAUCGGAACCCAAGGAGUUCGUGACCAUCGUAUCCCUGUCACAGGAGUGCCAUGUCUUCAUCAGCGGAAAGUUCUUGAAAGGGACGCUGCUCUUGCGAAAGAAGCUGAGAAACAGAAGAAUAUUGCCACCGAAUCAGCUUUGGAAAGUGAAAUCAAACAGAAACUUAUCGCUCCUGCCGUGAAGAUUGAGGUUUGUCUCGUUUAA